GGCCGUUGUACGAUUCCAUCAAGUAUUUUGUUUAUCCAAGAGCGGAGUACAGUCACAAUGGCACCGCCCGCUCGCCUCCUGCUCCCGGCGGCGGGGCUGCAGCUGUGCGCGGCCCUGUCCGGGCUCCUGGGCAGCAAGGACGGCCUGCUCCAGGAGCUCGGCCCCUCGGCGGCCGUGCACCUGCUCACGCCCUGGGGCGCCGCCGCCGAAAAGCCGCGGCCGGCGGCGGAGGCGCGGAGGAGCGGCAGCGGGGCGCAGGGCUCGGGGCGCGGGCACCCCGCGCCCGGCUGCCGCGACGCGGAGGAGGGGGACCACUGCCACCGCGCCAUCAGCUGGCUCAUGGAGAAGGGCCUCGCGACGCACCCCGACUGGUACCCCAACCUCAAUGUCCGCUCCGCCAGCUACGAGGUGCAGGAGGAGCUCAGCCGCCUGGGCAAGGCCGAGUGCCCCAUGCCCUGCCGGAGCGAGUCUCCCGCUGACGGCGAAGCAUUGGGCGUCGAGGCGGAGCUCCGAGUGCCGCCCGCGGCGCCCCCGCGGGGGCCCUCGCCGCCCGCCCCCCGACGCGCCGCGGCGGCGGGGGGCUGCCAGGACGCGGCCGACCAUACCGCGUGCUACACCGCGAUCCGCUACGGCCUGAUGGAGGGCAUCGCCGAGCACCCCGAGUUCUAUCCGGGCCUGACGGCCAGCGCCACCUUCCGGGAUGUGCAGGAGAGCCUGUUCCUGGCUGGGCGCUACGGGUGCCCGCGGCCGUGCCUGGACGUGCCCGACGCCGGUGUGGCGGAGCCGUACACGAAGGACGUGCAGGACAUGACCAUGGGCGAGCUGGACAGGUACCUCUCCGGCAAGUGGGACGGCGUGGUGCGGCCGGCUCUCGCCGACCAGAGGCUGCUGGGCGUGUUCCCGCGCGCGAGCGGCCCUGACGAGGCCGAGGAGGAGCCCUCCGCGGACGAGGCCCCCGCCGACGCGCCGCAGGGCCCCGCCGCGCCCUCGGUCGGCGAGCCGCCCUCCGCGGACGAGGCCCCCGCUGACGCGCCGCAGGACCCCGCCGCGCCCGCGGGCGGCGAGGCACCGGAGGCCCGGGCGCACGAGGAGGCCCAGACGCCCGCAGAGCCGCAGGCGGCGAGCACGGACGCGGAUGCGCAGCCGGCACAGACGGUGGCAGAGCAGGCGCUGGAGGGGCGCCCUGAGCCUGAGCAGGACAUGACGAGGAACGAGUCGGACAGGUACCUCGACGAGAAGGAGCAAGAGCAGGCGGAGAUGACGGGGAGCGAGCCUGACAGGCUGGACGAGAAGGAGCAGUCACUGACGAACGUGUCGGAGGAGCCGGAGGCGGCAGCGGAGACGAGUCGCGUGCAGGACAUGACAACGAGCGAGCUUGACAAGUACCUCGACGGGACAGAGCAGGCGCUGACGAACGUGUCGGAGGAUGCGCAGACGACGGUGGAAACGGGUCGCGUGGAGGACACCACGAAGAGCGAGCUGGACAGGCCAGACGAGAAGGAGCGGGCGCCGACGAACGUGUCGGAGGAGCCGCAGGCGCCGGCGGACACCGAGGCGGCGCUGGCGGAGAGCGAAUUCGACAGGCACCUUGGCGAGAAGGAGCAGGCGAAGACCCCGCAGAAGGAGCCUGCGCAGACGAACGUGUCCGAGGAGGCACAGGCCGUCGAUCAGAUGGAGGCGCUGUCGCCUUUGCCGAUGGUGGACAUGGAUGCCGCGCCUGCGCGUCCCGAAGACCCAGGCGUCCCGACCCAGGCGGCGGCCAGCGCCGUUGCCGCAGAGGGCGUGGCACAGGAGGCGGCCUCUGCCUCGGACAGCGCCGCCCAGGAGGCGGCUGGCGACGCGGCCGCGGACCUCUCGCGCAGCGCGUCGCCAGAGAGGGCCGACGUCGCUGCUGCCCGGGACAGCGCGCCCCAGGAGGCGGGCAGCGACACGCCCGCGGACACGUCGGAGAGCGUGUCUCGGCUCGCGGCCGCGGGCGCGGGCGCGGGAGCGGAGGCCGUGGGGGAGGCCCUGCCCAGGCUCGGCCAGGGCGGGGUCGAGGAGGGCGACGUGGGCCAGCCCACCGGGACGGUUGCGGCGGCGCAGCCCGUGGAGGAGGGGACGGACGCCACGGCACAGGAGCCGGCGGCCAGCGUUCCAGUGGAGACGCCGGCGGAGAUGGAGGCCAGGAUCAGGGCGAAGGUGAGGCAGGAGAUGGAGAGCACGACCACCGCUCGGGCCGAGACUGCGGCGGAGAUGGAGGCCAGGAUCAGGUCAGAGGAGCUCGCGAGGGCCCAGCUUGAGACCACGACGACCGCUCAUGUGGAGACGGCGGAGGAGAUGGAGACCAGGAUCCGAGCGAAGGUCCGGCAAGAAAUGCUGAGCACGGCCGUUGUUCGUGUUGAGACGGAAGCGGAGAUGGAGGCCAGGAUACGGUCAGAAGCUAUUAAGGGUAUGGCCGAUACGAUAGUCCAGCUGGAGAGCACGACGACCGUUCAUGUUGAGACGGCGGUUGAGAUGGCGGCCAGGAUCAAGGCGCAGAUUAUGCAGGACAUGGAGAGCACGACCACUGCUCGGGUUGAGACGGUGGCGGAAAUGGAGGCCAGAAUACGGGCAGAGGCAAUAAAGGAUAUGCUCGAUACGAAUUCCCAGCUUGAGAGCACGACCACUGCUAACGUUGGGCCUUUGGCGGAGAUGGAGACCAGAAUUGAGGAGCAGGUGAUACGGGACAUGUUUGUUGCGAAAGCCCAGCUUGAGAGCACGACUACUGCACCUGCUGAGACGUUGCAGGAGAUGGAAGCCCGAAUCAAGGAAGAACUCGUGCACACUGUCCAGACCAAGAAGUAUUGGGGCUGAUUUGCAAGUAGGCCGCAUGCCUGGUGUAUUGGCUUGGCAGCAUCGCCUGACAAUUCAUCUUGUCAUCAUUGUCAUCAUAGUCUCCCACUUCCUCGCUUCC